AAGAAAAAACCAAUAAGGGCAAUGCAUAAAGCAAACGACAAACUCGUGUACUAGUCUUAGUGCUAAGUUUGGUAUUGUAUACCUUACUCUUCUCCUCUCCCUAAUUAUAAAUAGACUACCAACAAAGAGGAAUCAGUCCAUUUUAAUCUUUAAUUCUAUCUUUUUCAUCACCAACCUUUCUUUUCAAAAAAAGCUGAAAUCUUUUUAGGUGAAUUUGUUGCUAAGAAAGUCUAAAGAAUGAACAUAUCAGCUUCUGAAUGCACUAAUGAGUGUGAAUCUGGAUGGACAAUGUACUUUGAUGAAUUCUCAUAUUCAGCAGAUAAAUGCAAUGGAGUUAAGGGGAGAAAUAAUAUUCAUGAAAUAGAAGGUAGGGGAAAAACAGUAAAUGUUGAUGAAGAAGAUUUGUCCAUGGUUUCUGAUGCUUCCUCUGGUCCACCACAUUUCCAUGAGGAUGAAGAAAAUGGACAUGUUUUUUAUCCUUUGGUUUCUGAAUACACAAUGGCAAAGCAAAAGAGGAAAAUAAAAGAGCAGAGUGGAAAACAACACAAUCUUUGUCUUGAUGAUACUGCUAGUUCUACAGUUUCCAGCUUCCCAAAGGGUAAAUCUGUUGUGGGGAAACAUUUUGGUUUCUUGAAAACAUCUCUGAAUGGGAAAGCUUCAUCUGAGAAAUCUGGUUCUUUGAAGGGAAGAAAGAAGGGAUGAGAAUUUUACAAUUAGACUUAUGAGGAUCUUGUAUUUAUCCUUCUUAUGUUUUCUUUUUAAAAUCCUUCUUCUACUUAUUUGUUCCUGUCCAUGUAAUGGGAAACAACUGAAAGCAUAAAUGUGAAGAAAAAACUUAGGUCUUUAUUUCACAUAGUAGUUUUAAAAAAAAUAAAGGAAUAGGAAUUUUUCUCACACUAGUAGUGCUCAUCAAUGUCAUCAUUCUGCUCUCUGAUUGUUCAACGAAGUUAUACCCAAAAUAUAAUAACAAUAAUACAAGUGGAGUUUGGGAAAAGUAGUGUGUACGAAAACUUUACCCCCACCGUAAGAAUGUGGAACAGCUGUUUCCGAUAGACCCUCGCCUAAAAGAAAAACAACAAAAAAGCAGAAGCACCAUAACACCGGCAAAAUAACAAGAAAACCCAAUAAAAAGAAACAACAGGCAGUGAUAGAAAUCUAAAAAAAAUAAAAAAGUACAUGACUGAUACUAAUGAUACUAGUGUGGACAAGAACAACACACGACU